AUGCUAGAAACUUUCUUAAACGAAAUAAUAUAUGUUUCUGGACUAAUUGGCAUUAGCAGCUUUGAUCCUAUAUCCUGCUCCAUCUCGUCAAAUACUCUGAGAAUUACUGAUUUUUAUGAAUUUUUGCCUGGAUUAAUGAUUAUUAACAUCCCUCAUGUAACUCCUCCUAGUUCAGCAGGAAUUUAUGAUUGCGUCACUGAAGCUUAUACACAAGAUUCAGCAUUAAAUUACAUUUAUUACGCUACAGACCUUUCACAAGAUUUAACAAUAACUCCAGCAGGGCCACCUGGAAGCACAUCUGCCAAUCCAUAG